AUGAGGAUAGCCCAUCCACCUAUCAAGCUGCAGCAGCUGCAGCAGCAGCAGCAGCAGCAGCAGCAGCAGCAACUACCGCUGGCGGGAGACAAAGAUGGAUGCAUGCUCUUGACGCAGCUGCUGCAGCAGCAGCAGCUGCUGCUCACGCUGCUGCAGCAGCUAGCGCAGCAGCUCCCACGUUCUAUAGACUGCUCCCUGAGGCCGUUCCGCCCCACAGGCGACGCUGCUGCUGCUGCUGCUGCUGCUGCAGCUGCAGCAGCAGCAGCAGCAGCAGGUGAUGAGGAGCCAGCAGCAGCAGAACUCACACUGACAACGGCACUGCAGCAGCAAAUAGAGAAAACCAUGGGCGCGAAGACAGAGCAGCAGCAGCAGCAGCAGCAGCAGCAGCAACAACACGGAUUGCUGCUGCAGUGGUGUUUGCAGCAGCAGCCAGCAGUGUUGCUGAGAAGCAGCACUGCAGAGACAGGAGAGGGAGCAGCAGCAGCAGCUGCUGCUGCAGCAGCAGCAGCAGCAGCAGCAGCAGCUAGCAAGCAAGACGAGGAUACGGCUGAACGCCAGCAGCAACAGCAGCAGCAGCUGCAGCAGCAGCAGCAGCAGCAGCAGGUGAUGAGGAGCCAGCAGCAGCAGAACUCACACUGA